UCUUUGUCGACGUCAGCACGCCCCGCCCCCGACCCUCCGAUGCUGACCGGGUACCCCGACGAUCCAACUCUGGCCACUGUAACCCUUGACCAAAGCGCCCCACACCAGCUUGCAAGGUCCAUGAUGGACAUCCGGGUGGAGGGGCAUUGGACUGGAUGCCUGUUUGACACAGGCAGCACUGGGAGUUUUAUUCACCCGGACACAGUGCGACGCUGCGGACUUGCAACGCGGCCGGUCAGUCGGAGGUUCCAUUUGGCCUCUGGGUCGCAGUCCGCUGACAUCCGGGCGGGUUGUGUAGUGACUUUGGUGGUGCAAGGCACAGAGUAUCGGGACUUUGAACUGCUGGUCAUGCCUAAUCUGUGUGCACCUGUGCUAUUGGGGCUGGACUUCCAGAGCCAUCUCGAAAGUGUGACUAUGGUAUACGACGGGCCCCUCCCACCACUCACUGUCAGGAAUCCUCAGUUUUGUGGGACUUCUUCACAUACCCCGCUACUGACCACACACACACACACGGACACACACAUCCCAUCCAGAACCAGGCCAACAGCUGCGCUACCGACACUUGCAGCCUCUCCACUCUCAAGAUCCCUCCCCCACCGCUGUUCGCCAACCUGACCCCCGACUGUAAACCUGUGGCAACCAAAAGCAGGAGGUACAGCGCGGGGGACCGGGCCUUCAUUCAGUCGGAGGUGCAGCGGCUGCUCAGGGAGGGGAUCAUUGAGCCGAGCACAAGCCCUUGGAGGGCCCAGGUGGUUGUUGUUCGGACUGGGCAGAAAAAUAGGAUGGUGGUGGACUAUAGUCAAACCAUCAAUAGGUUUACGCAGCUUGACGCAUACCCCCUACCCCGCAUCGCGGAUAUGGUCAACCAGAUUGCUCAGUAUAAGGUGUACUCGACAAUAGAUCUGAAAUCCGCUUAUCACCAGCUCCCCAUCUGCCCAGAGGACCGCCCCUACACCGCCUUCGAGGCGGGCGGCCGGCUCUAUCACUUCCUGCGCGUCCCUUUCGGUGUCACGAAUGGUGUCUCUGUCUUCCAGAGGGAAAUGGACCGGAUGGUGGACCAGUACCAACUGCAGGCCACAUUUCCCUAUCUGGAUAACAUCACCAUCUGUGGUCAUGACAGGCCAGAUCACGACGCCAACCUCCAACUGUUUCUCCAAGUGGCCGCAGCUCUGAACCUUACUUAUAACAGGGACAAGUGUGUUUUUGGUACCACCCGCCUUGCUAUACUUGGGUAUGUCGUGGAAAACGGGGUUAUUGGGCCUGAUCCCGAACGUAUGCGCCCCCUGUUAGAGCUCCCUCUUCCCACCACUCUCAAGGCCCUCAGACGGUGCCUGGGGUUUUUUUCCUAUUACGCCCAAUGGGUCCCCCAUUACGCGGACAAGGCUCGCCCCCUGGUCAAGUCUACCUCGUUUCCCCUCUCUGCUGAGGCCUGCGCGGCCUUCAACUGCAUUAAAGCGGACAUUGCCAAAGCUACGAUGCAUGCAGUGGACGAGACCGCUCCCUUCCAAGUGGAGUGUGAUGCCUCCGAUUUCGCUCUGGCUGCUACCCUUAAUCAGGAAGGCAGACCAGUAGCAUUCUUUUCUCGCACCCUCCAAGGCUCUGAAAUUCGGCACUCCGCGGUGGAGAAAGAAGCCCAGGCCAUAGUGGAGGCUGUUAGGCACUGGAGGCACUAUCUUGCUGGCAAAAGAUUCACUGUGCUGACCGACCAGCGCUCGGUUGCGUUCCUGUUCAGCAACCAACAGCGGGGCAAGAUCAAAAAUGAUAAGAUUUUGCGGUGGAGGAUAGAACUCUCCACCUACACCUAUGAUAUCCUGUACCGGCCUGGCAGACUCAAUGAGCCCCCUGAUGCCCUAUCCCGGGGAACAUGUGCUAGCACACAGCUCGACCAGCUGUACGCCCUUCAUGCACAACUUUGCCAUCCGGGGGUCACCCGAUUUUACCAUUUUGUGAAAGCUCGGAACCUGCCGUACUCCCUGGAGGACAUCAGGACGAUGACCAGAGACUGCCAAAUUUGUGCCGAGUGCAAACCGCACUUCUACUGUCCUGACACGGCACAACUUGUCAAGGCCACCCGCCCUUUUGAACGCCUGAGUGUUGACUUUAAGGGCCCCCUUCCCUCCACUGACCGCAAUGUCUAUUUUCUCAGUGUUAUUGACGAGUUCUCACGGUUCCCCUUUGCCAUCCCCUGCCCCGACACCACUGCCACGUCCGUCAUAAAAGCCCUGCGCCAGCUCUUCACUCUGUUUGGGUAUCCCUGCUAUAUCCACAGUGAUAGAGGGUCCUCCUUUAUGAGUGAGGAGCUGCGCCAGUACUUGCUAGCUAGGGGCAUUGCUACCAGUCGGACCACGAGUUAUAAUCCCCGGGGUAAUGGCCAGGUAGAGCAGGAGAAUGCCACAGUGUGGAAGGCCACACUUUUAGCCCUUAAGUCCAAAGGGUUGCCGGUCUCUCGAUGGCAGGAGGUCCUCCCUGAGGCACUGCACUCUAUCCGCUCUCUGUUAUGUACGUCCACCAAUGCCACCCCUCACGAACGCCUAUUCUCUUUUCCCAGGAAGUCUGUCACUGGGACCACCCUACCAGUUUGGCUGACGUCCCCGGGGCCAGUGCUGCUCCGGAAACAUGUGAGGAGCAAUAAAUACUCCCCGCUGGUGGAGAGGGUUCACCUUCUCCAUGCGAACCCCCAGUAUGCUUACGUGGUCUUACCUGAUGGGCGGGAGGACACGGUCUCCAUCCGCGACCUGGCACCCGCAGGUGCAGCAGACCACUACCCUGAAGGCUCUCCGGUAACUGUGAACCCUGCACCAGAGGUGACACCGUACUCACCAGGCCCUACACAGACUCCUCACGACACUUGUAUACCGGGCGUUUCGUACGCAUUUAUACCAGGCGCCUCUGUGAACCCUGCACCAGAGGUGACACCGUACUCACCAGGCCCUACACAGACUCCUCACGACACUUGUAUACCGGGCGUUUCGUACGCAUUUAUACCAGGCGCCUCGCACAUGCAUGAGGGAUCACCGGCGCCUAGUGGGCAAGAACACGCGCAACCCCCGUCCCCUGUGCAAUCGCCAAUGUUGCCAGCACCUAUGCGGUCACAGCCGGUGCUACGUAGAUCGCAGCGACAGAUUCGACCGCCUGAUCGGCUUGACUUGUAAGAACCUUCGCUACAUGAGGACUUUUUCAAACGAAGGGGGGGUGAAUGUGGUGAACUAUGUGCCUGUCGGGACACGCCCCUGCUGACUGCUCCUGUGGCUCCUCCCACAGGCCCCUGUAUAAAGGAGACCUGCGGCCUGAAGAUCGGCCUCAGUCUCCAGGACCUUGUAUGAUAGACACUCACUCCUGGUUCCUUCUUCCAGUCAAUAAAAGCCGAUAUCUCGCCUACGUCUCAGUGUGAGUUAUUGAUGGUGCAUCACCCCUCUUACAGCCGGGCUUGGUAGAGUUAAAUCAACGCAGUGAAAUUCUAUACAAAUUUGCUGCUUGACGACCAUGGAGGCCAGGCCAUUGAGUUUAUUUAAGCCACGGGGAGAAGGCAGGAGAAUGGAGUUGAGCGGGAAUAUAAGUCAGCCAUGAUGGAAUGGUGCAGAAGACUUGAUGGGCCGAACAGCCUAAUUCUACUCCCAUGUCUUACGGUCUCAUGAGAAAAUUCAGUAUUGAGCAUUUUCCUGUACGUUUGCUUAAAAACAAGGCCUAAAGUUUUGCAGUAAGCGUGCUCAAAGAACACGUUCAAAAACUACGCAUGCUCACUGUGGAUUUUACUGAAAUCAGGUGGAAUUACCACAAAGGAUGGAAAUACAAAUUUAAUUGACUAAUGCGAAACAAACUUAGAAAGCAUUCCAAUACCUGGAUCCUAAACCAACCUGAAUGAAAAGUCAAACAGU